UAUGAUCCGUACAUCCCCUCAUCCGCAGGCGGCGAGCGCCAGGGCGCCGGCAACACGAAGACUGCGCAGAUCCAAGCGCAGAUCGACGAGACGGUCGGCGUCAUGAGGGACAAUAUCAACAAGGUCAACGAGCGUGGAGAGAACUUGAACAGCUUGCAGGACAAGACGGACAACCUCGCUGUCUCGGCGCAAGGUUUCCGACGCGGCGCCAACAGGGUCCGGAAGCAGAUGUGGUGGAAGGAUAUGAAAAUGAGAAUCAUCCUCAUCGUCGGUAUCCUCAUCCUUCUCGGCAUCAUCGUCAUCCCGAUCGUCGUU